AUGAAGUCUCAAGUCAAUAUUGCAAGUCGCAAGAAAUCGUCGUGCAACCCGUUCUCCGAGCCACUAUACAUCGGUUUUGUCGUCAUGUUUGAUUUCUCUGGUGGUCUGGAGGGAGAGGAGGCCUCGCUGCUGGCUCCAGAGCAAUUACAGUUUGACACAGUUUCCCCUGGUGGAAGUGAAGAGGAUGCAGAGAAUGAGUGCUCUGAUGCUGAGGAAGACGCACCUCCAAGGAAAAGACUGAGAGCUGAAAACACCUGGAAGAAAGUAAUCAACAAGAAAAGAAGAAUGGUUGGGAAGUCGUACGUUGGAAAACAAAAGCAGGAGGAAAUAAGGAGGGAGCCACGGGCUAUGGGGCCUGGAUGUUCCUCAGCAGCAUGUGCCAAGUCAGGCGAGUGGUCUGCCCUUAACUGGGCAAAGGAGGGACACACGCAAUCACACACAGAGGGACAAACACACAGCAACACAUGUCGUUCAGUGGCAGGCCAUGAAUUCAUUCGCAGCUUUUUGCACGACCUCCCAAAGGUGCCCUCACACUACUGCAGAUCCACAACGUCCAAACAGUAUCUUGAGCCUGUGUUCCAGUCGAUUGCUGAUCUGUAUGCAGUGUUUUGUCACGCUGCAGCAGAGAAGAGUGUGAGACCUUUGUCAAGACAAGUGUUCGCAGAUGAGUUCAAGCGUCUCAACCUAGGCCUUUACCACCCAAAAAAGGACCAAUGCGACACCUGUUGUGCUUUCAAGACCGGAAACCUUCCUGAUGACGAGUGGCAGCAUCACCUCCUUAAAAAAGAAGAGGCCCGCGCCGAAAAGAUGUCCGACAAAAGCAAGACCAACAGCAACAUCAUGGUCAUAUGCAUGGAUUUACAAGCGCUCCUUUUGUGCCCAAAGCUAAAGGCUUCUGCCUUGUAUUACAAGACAAAGCUGGCAGUUCACAAUUUUACUGUGUACAACAUGCUGACACACAGUGCCACAUGUUAUGUCUGGCAUGAAGGCGAGGGAUCCCUAUCUGCCAGUGAGUUUGUUUCAUGCGUGGUUGACUACCUCUCUGCACACACUGAGCCGGACACAUUUAUUCUGUGGAGUGACGGCUGCGGAUAUCAGAACCGGAAUGCAGUUCUAAGCAGUGCACUUCUUCUGUUCGCCAUGAAGAAAAACAAAGUCGUCAUCCAGAAGUACCUUGAGAAGGGCCAUACUCAGAUGGAAUGUGAUUCCGUUCACAGUGUCAUCGAGAGACGUCUGAGGGACCAGGAUGUCUAUGUCCCAGCGGAGUAUGUCAGUCUCAUGAAGAGGGCCCGUGUGAAGCCUCAUCCAUAUGAUGUCAAAUACAUUGACCACACCUUCUUCCAGGACUUCUCCAAGCUGAGGCUCUGCAAGUCUCUGCGCCCUGGAGUGAGGCCUGGUGACCCAACUGUCCAUGAUAUCAGAGCCAUCAGAUACAACAGCAAUGGAACAAUGGACUUCAAGAUCAACCACUCUGAUGACUGGCAUCCACAUCCGACUCACCAACUCCGAAACUCCAUCUCAGACAACCACCCAGUGAGAUUCAACAUGGCAGCGCACUGA